AUGCCGAGACGCACCGACAUCGACUCCAUCCUGCUCAUCGGCUCCGGCCCCAUCGUUAUCGGACAGGCGUGCGAGUUCGACUACUCCGGGACCCAGGCCCUGAAGGCCCUCAAGGAGGAGGGGUUCCGGGUCAUCCUGGUCAACUCCAACCCCGCCACCAUCAUGACCGACCCGGAUUUCGCGGAUCGGACCUACGUCGAGCCCCUGGACGCGGGCAUCAUCACCAAGAUCAUCGAGGCGGAGCGCCCCGACGCGCUGCUGCCCACCUUGGGCGGCCAGACCGCGCUCAACCUCGCCAUCGAGCUGGCGGAGACCGGCGUGCUGGAGCGCUUCGGCGUGGAGAUGAUCGGCGCCCGGCUCGAGGCCAUCAGAGGCGAGGCCGCGGUACCGUCUUCAAGGAGGCAUGGGUCUCGGUGGGGCUGGCUCUCGCCUCGGAGCGGGUACCGCAUCACGCGCUGA